AUGAAAAAAGGAAAAAAAUAAAAAGAUUCUCAUUAAAAGCAAGAAGAAUAAAUUGAAACUUUUUGGAAAGCAUAAAAACUAGAUCUUAAGUUUUUGGAAGGGUUGAAUCUCAUGAAUGAAUAUUAUCCACAAACUAAACAAAUAUUUGUGAAUGAAUAAAUGAACAUUUAAAAUAGAACUUCAAAAAUCAGAUGUGUAAAGAAACGAACAAUAAUGCUCCAUUAAUUGACUGUAGAACAAAAGAGGAGCCCAAAAAAAUGAUUGAACCUAUUAGU